AAGAAUUUACACAGCAAAAUCACAAGCUCUUCAGUUUUAUCCUUAUUUCCUCUGUUUUCCGCCCACAAUGUCUUGGAUUCACUCUAUGUUUUUCCUAUUUCUCGUUUUCCGGUGGUGCAUCGCCGGAGAAUCAUCAUCGCCUGAGGUAACUGACGAUGGAGCUCCCAUGGAGAAAUCAGAGAGAGAAGCUCUUUACUCAGCGAUCCAAGGAUUUUCUGGUGAUUCUUGGAAUGGCUCUGAUCUUUAUCCUGACCCCUGUGGUUGGACUCCUAUUCAGGGUGUUUCUUGUGAUCUCUAUGAUGACUUGUGGUAUGUCACGGAUCUAACCUUAGGUCUUAUUCACGAAAACUCGAUUUCUUGCACCGCAAGUUUGAAGAUAAAGCAGCAGUUAUUCGAGCUCAAGCACUUGAAAUCACUCUCGUUCUUCAACUGCUUCACGUCGCCGAUAACAAUUUCUAAAGAGGAUUGGACAAGCUUGGGAAGUAACUUAGAAUCUCUCGAGUUCAGAUCCAAUCCCGGUUUAAUAGGGGAACUUCCUGAAACAAUCGGAAGUCUCACAAAGCUGAAAUCUUUGGUGGUUCUUGAAAAUGGGUUCAAUGGAAAAUUACCGAGGAGUGUCUGCAAUUUAUCGAGCUUAAAACGGUUGGUUCUGGCGGGAAACUUGUUCACCGGAACGAUUCCAGAUUGUUUCAAUGCGUUUAAAGAUCUAUUGAUCUUGGAUUUGAGUCAAAACUCUUUCUCAGGGACAUUGCCUUCAUCUAUCGGAGAGACAGUUUCAUUGCUUAAGCUAGACGUAAGCAACAACCAAUUAGAAGGGAAGUUACCGCAAGAAAUCGGGUUUUUGAAGAAUCUGACACUUUUGGAUCUGAGGAACAACAGAAUCUCUGGUGGGUUAUCUCAAAACGUCGAAAAGAUUCGAUCUUUAGCGGAUCUGAUUUUAUCAGGAAACCCAAUGGAUAGCGAUGACGUGAUGGGGAUAAAGUGGGAGAAAAUGAGCAAUUUAGUCAUUUUGGAUCUUUCAAAGAUGGGUUUAAGAGGUGAGAUUCCUUCUGGUUUAACCAAGUUGAAAAGAUUGAGGUUUCUUGGUCUGAACGACAACGAGUUAACCGGCACAGUCCCAUCAAAAGAGCUUGAGACUUUGCCUUGUCUUGGUGCUCUCUACAUCAAUGGAAACAAUCUAACAGGAGAGCUUAGAUUCUCAAGAACGUUCUAUGAGAAGAUGGGAACAAGAUUUAAGGCUUCAAAGAAUCCGAAUCUUUGUCAGUAUGAUAUCGUUUCAGAAUCUCGGCAUUAUGUUCCUCCACUUGGAUUGAAGCCUUGCCAGAUGAAGAAAACAGAGGGUAAUUUGGUAAUUCUACAAACGUUGAGCAACCUUAAGAAGAAUGAUGAGUCAAGUUCAUCAAUGGCUCUGAUGGUUACAAGACAUGUGUUGUCAAAUGGGUUCAUGUGGGAUUUGCUUUUGGAGCUUUCUCUUAUUGUAUUAUUGAAAUAAUUUAUAAUUUUUUUGUUUGUUUGAUGGUUAAUAGUAUCGAUGUGUUAGUUGAUAGAUUUUGAUGUCGGUUACUUAAGAGAAGAAAAUCAAAUCCUUAUGGAUGUAACA